AUGAAACGAACUCAGUCAUUGUUAACUUUUUUUAAAAAAUCUAAACAGUCAACCGAUCUGGAACGAACUGUUCCAUCUUUAUCAAAUGUUUUACAAGAUGAAGACACUGUGGCAUCUGAAACAAAACAAGCCGCUUCAAGUGUAGAAGUUAGUUCUCCGGUAAUUAAACAUAUUUUAGAUUCUAAGUUUGAUAUAGGAGCUUAUGUUGAGUUUAAACAAAAUUUAAGUGACGAAGAAAAGGUUUCUAUUUUACAAAACGUAUGGACCCCUGAUUGUAUUGCUAUAAAGUUAAAUGUUGAACCAAAAAUACCUCGAACAUGCAGCAAUCAAAAAAAUAGAAUCAAUGUCCCGUUUAAUAAUAUUGAAGAUUUUUACAAAAAAACUAUUUUUAUACCGUAUUUGGACGAUUUAAUAAUGGCAUUAAAUGAAAGAUUUUUACCUCAUAAUGAAACUAUAAUUUCAUUACAAUUUGUCUUACCUCGUAUCAUAGUUAAAAAACCAUUUUUUAAUUUAAAAAAAGCUGUCGAAUUUUAUAAACGUGAUUUACCUGGGCUAAACGACAUUAUAGAAGCAGAGUAUGAAAUUUGGCAGGCUAAAUGGAAAAAUAUUGAAGAAAACUUAAGACCUGCAACUGCUAUAGAAGCUCUAAGAGCCUGUGAUCGUUUAAUGUACCCUAACAUAUUUGAAUUACUAAAAAUACUAGCUAUAAUUCCAGUAUAUUUAAGAAAUACAACUUCUGAGUCCAGGCUAGUAGGACUAGCACUUUUAUCCAUUCACCGAGACAUUGAUGUAAAUGAUGAUAUGGUAUUAGACAAAUUUGCCAACAGUGGUAAAGAGAGAAAUUUGAAUUUAAUAUAA